AAACUUAAAAACUACAUUUUUGUCAUGGUCUGUAAAAAUUCUGGGAUACAAGUGACCGGUAAACAACUCUGAUGUAACCCAGUCCAAGCAGUAAAGUUGCCAAUGCUGUGGCUCUGAAGAGAAAGAGAUACUGUACAAGGGCACCCAGAAAAUGUCAGCUCCUUUUGGAAUGCUAGAGGUCGCAUAGUGUUACAGCCUUCAAGGGCAACCGCUUAUCCAAGGCUUGCUACACUGAGAUACUAUGCAGGUUUUUAGCAGACAAUCUGUGGUGUGGUGAAUUUGGAGGAAGGAAGCUCUUUCUGGAAAUAGAAAGCAUUUUUACAGCAGUCUAAGGGAUAUAAAGUGAAAGGCUCCACCAUGAGCAUUCCUCUGUGGAGGAAGCCCCCAGCAUUAGAGAUGGCUGAGGCAGAAUUACACAAGGAAAGGCUUCAAGCCCUAGCAGAAAAAAGAAAAAGGCAAAUGGCAAUAGAAGAUAAGAGAAGGCAGCUGGAAGAUCUCAUACUGCAGCUGCAACAUUUAAAGUCCAAAGCGAUGAGAGAGCGGUGGCUUUUGCAGGGAGCUCCAGCAGACACCGUAGAGGAGGAGGAAUCCCGGAGGAGACAGACAGAGGAAGACGAGUUCAAGGUGAAGAAACUGGAGGACAACAUCCACAGACUGGAGGGAGAAAUAGAUCAACUUGAGAGGGAAGAAUCCCAGAUUUCUGCCAAAGAACAGAUUCUCAGAGAAAAGCUCAGAGAGACAGAGAAAUCCAUUGAGGACCUGCAAAAGAGUUUCAAGAAGCAAGAUGGAGAUGCAGUGAAUUACAUUUACUCCCAGAUCCCUGACCUCCCUGAGCUUUACUCCCAAACAGCAGAGGUGGCUUCUGGGGACGACAGACUCCCAAUGAAGGCUGCAAUGUAUGCCAUGGAGAUCAGUGUGGAGAAAGACAAACAGACGGGAGAGACCAAAAUCCUCUCCACCUCUGCUGUAAGUCCAGAAUGGAUCCACCAGAGAGGAGUCAAAGUCUACGAUGACGGCACCAAAGUAGUGUAUGAGGCCCGCUCAGGAGUAGGCACAACAACCAUGGAAAAUGGGGUUCACCCCUGGAGCGCCUCUGACGUAGAUGAACUUAUCCAUCGGGUUGGGCAGUCACAGACCAUCGGGGCCUCUGAGAGGGGGGCUGUAUCUCCCAGGGCCCCAGCCACCACUGGCAGUGGCAAUCUGGGCCAGCAGAAGGAACAGAUGGUUCAUAAGGAAGCCAAGCUGGAGAUGGUGCGCAACCCAGAAAAGGGAGGGUUUGGGAAUCCCAAGUACGGUUUUGACGAAGUGACCGACGUACCUGAUGCCACCUCAGAGAAACCUGUGACUAUGAUCUUUAUGGGGUACCACAACGUGGAGGAUGAAGAGGAAACAAAGAAGCUGCUUGGCUACGACGGAACCAUCAAGGCUGAGAUUGUGCUUAUUGAUGAAGACGAUGAGAAGUCUCUGAGGGAGAAGACAGUUACCGAUAUUUCCACCAUGGAUGGCAAUGCUGCUGACCUGGUCUCUGGGUGUCCACUGUCUGACACUACCGAACCUUCCUCGGAAGGCAAAGACGAAAGCUUGGCCAAGGAGGCACCACAAGCAGGUCCAGAGGCUGCCUCCCCUUUGCUGGUGAUUGUGGAGAAUGAAUCUUUUAUAUGUGACCCUGCAUUCCCACAACAGUCUUCUCUGAAAUCUUCCUCCAAAAGCCCAGAGGAUGACAGUAAAUUAAAGGAGAGAGGCUUAAAGAGUGUCAGUUUCCUGGAUUCUGUCGGCAUAAUCUCUGGAAGCAAACACAAAAUGGAAUUUGAAGCCCCUUUUUCAGAAUCCCAGUCGGAGAACCAUCAUGGCUGCUUUCCUACCAAUGGUCAAAAUGGCUUGAAAACCAGACACGAGUCACUGGACAGUGAUGUCGCCAAGGAGAUCCAAUAUUUGGAUGAGGUCCUGGAAGCCAACUGCUAUGACUUGGCUGCAGAGAACCCUUUUAAUGGAACAUCCUCUCCAGAACCAAAUACAAUCACAGUUGAUAGCUCUGGAUCAUCAGUCUACGUUUCAGGUGAAUCUUCGCCUACCAAUGAAGUAAUAGUGAUAGGCAGGAAGCAGGCAGAAGCUACUUUUUUAGAGGACCAGGAUACCAACCAAGUGAGACCCAAUGGUCACAAUUUAAUUGAGGAGUCUAAUUCCUACAUGCCCCAAAGGGUGUCUGGUGAGCCAACCUUAACAACUAUCAAGAAAGAGGCCAAGUUUGAGCUGCGGGCUUUCCAGGAGGACAAGCCAUCUAAGCUCUUUGAUAGUAGUUUAGAAAAGACAAACGUUCGAAUAAAGAAGAUUCGUCCCACAGAGGAGGUGGCAGAACUGGAACGGGAGCGGAGAGAGCUUAUCAGGAGCCAGGCUGUAAAGAAGAAUCCGGGUAUCGCCACAAAAUGGUGGAACCCACCCCAAGAGAAGGCAGUAGAGGAACAGCUAGAGCCUGACCAGCUGGAGUCACAUAAAAAGUAUGAAGAACGCAAGCAGAGAAAGCCUCAAGCAGUAAGUGUGCCACCAACGUCACCCAAGCAGACAUCAGCCCCCUUUGUGCCACCAGAGCCCAUGAACAUCAACAAGGAAGCCAUAGUGACAGAACAGAUUGACUUCUCAGCAGCCAGGAGACAGUUUUUAAUGAUGGAGCCCACUAAGCAGCCUAGCGCUCCAAGGAGAACUGUGGCUCCCAAACUGUUUUCAGCCAAGCCGUUUUCCAAAGCACCCCAGCCGGCCCAAAUGGAGAGGCCAGUGAGCUUAAUAACAGUGACAGGGUCUGUUCCUAGCCAAGGCCAGGCUAUGCAGGACAAUGAAGUGACCACAAUCAGAGCUGAGAAAAUAUAUUAUGUACCAGAUGAUCAAGACGUAGAUGAAAAGGAAUCGUUAGAUGUUUCACCAAGUAUAGCAGAUAAUGGAUUGGAAGAGGAGCAGGUUACCAAAACAUGGGAAGAAGACGGAGAUUUCAAAUGCGCCAGAGCAGUGAUGACUAUUCUGAAAGAGGAAGAUCAUGAUAUGUCAUAUCCAUAUCCACAGUCAGUUAAUGUCUCCUACCAUCCGGAAGAGCUUGACUCUGGCUUGGAUGACCUGUCUCUCAGAUCACAGGACACCACAGUGUUAGAAACCUUGUCCAAUGAUUUCAGCAUGGAUAACGUGAGCGAUAGUGGUGCUUCAAAUGAGACAAUGAAUGCCUUCCUGGAGAACUCAAUGGGAGAUUUCUCUCUGCCAUCUACUCCACAAGCCAUGACUCCUGUUGACUGCAAAAUGGAAGGGGGGGCCAAAUCACCAAGUGAGCACAGCAUUUCCCCACUCCAGUCCACCUAUCAAGGUGCCGUGCUGACAGAGGAGCAGUUGGAGUAUCAUGCAGGGAUUCUGGUACAAAAUGUAAUUCAGCAAGCCAUUGCUCAGCAGAGCGAUGGAAGGGACAUUAAAACUCAACAAGCCGUGGAACAACAGCCUUGCAGCCCCACUAAACAUGUGAAAGUGGUUGAGCAGCAACCUACUCCUGAAGAAGAAGCCUCCAGGUUUGAGCAACCCCAAGUGUCGUCAUCUCCAGUGCAGGAAAAUAAGGACAUUACGCCAAAGAUCUCCGUUGAGAGACUAGACCUUGGGGACAGCUUCCAGCACCCCCUGGUGGUAACUUCCAGUCAGCCUACCCCAACAGAUGACAGACAGGCGUUCAGCUACUUCAGUAAGUACUCCGAGGCAGCUGAGCUGAGGAGCACAGCCGAGGCCGUGCGAAUGCAUGAGCCAGAGGUCACCGCUGGGCCUUUCAAGCUCCGCUCUAGGAAGCAAAGAACUCUCUCCAUGAUCGAGGAGGAGAUCCGCGCAGCCCAGGAACGAGAAGAUGAGCUGAAGAAACAGCGUCAAAGUCUCAGCACUGCACCAAGCCCUACCAAGAAGAGUGGACCGGGUUUACCCACCAGAACAGUGUUCACCGGGAAGACAGCUCCAGGCAAGAUUGAGAAGAUUCGCCCUGUACCUCCUGCUUUCCCUUCUGCUGAAGGCCCACUCCCAUCCCCACUGCCUGACUUAGGAGGUGAGGAUGCUGAGGGCAACCAGCGGCCCAAAAACUACAUGCAGACCCUCAUGGAAGACUUUGAAACACACAAAACAAAACGACGGGAAAAGAUUGACGAAACAAGUUACGCCCUUUUAUUGCUCGCUAAUGACGUUACUUCUGAGGUAUUGGAUGCGACGAGGGUGACGCGCAGGAAGAGCUCAAUGGCACUGCGAUGGGAGGCUGGGAUCUAUGCCAACCAGGAUGAGGACGAAUAAUCCUUCCGUCCCACAGACACACACAUGCACCCCUGCGCACCACUUGACAAUCACAGAGCUGUAGAACCAGGACUGGACAAACUUCACCUAAAUAUUUAUUUUAGCUGGGCUUUCCAUUAGAAGAGAACGACCGACUGACCGACGAACUGGGACUGACCGACGAACUGGGAUUGCCGACGCACACGACAAAAAAAGGCUUUCUUGCUUCUCAAUAAAAAUCACAAGAACCAUGCAAAGGAAGGAAAACUUGCAACUGCUAGCGAGGACACGAUUUUGUUUUUCAGGUUUUACUUUUUUUCAAUUGUAUUUCUUCUUGGUUUCUUUUUUUUAGUACUCAGAAAUGCUGAGAAAGUGCAAAGAGAGACUGCAAACAGCGGAGAGAGAUGAGCUGUGUCUGUUUGGAUGGGUUCAUUUUGUGAUUCCUGAAACCUAACCGGCUCUCAUUCGUCCCUAUACCAGGAUCUGAAGCUUUGUCUAGGGCACAACAGUAACCACAGCAACCAUUUUAGACAGUAUUAUGUUAUAUUAAGGAGGCAUUAUAUUUUGCUGGGAAUGUAAUAGUAUAAGAUAAAAAAAAGACAGCCUGAGUGAUACAAACGCCUGCGAUCAACCUUUUUAAGCUGUUCACAAGGCUGCUUCUUUAAACGGUCUAAAACACAGAUUUGUAAAGGCCAUUCGGAAAGCUAAUCUGGGCUUCUUUGAUUACAACCCUUUGGGUUGGUCUGGAUACACUCACACAUACAUAUAGUAUGCUAUAUAUAAAAUGCAUACUCAUACCACUUCAUUGAUGUCAGCACAGAAAACAAGAUCUGCCAUGAAAAAUGUCAUAAGUCAUGCAUCACAGGUUGACCACACUAACUGGGUCAGCUAGGCUAUAAACUAUAUGACACAGGCAGUCUCCAUCAGCUUGUUGUUGAGCAGGUUCUAAUAAACUGGUCAGUUUCAGUGUGUGUGUAUGUACAGAUGUAAAAUUCACCAGCUGUCAGUGGUGCUAGAUGAACCAGGGCAACACAGAUAAGACAAAGGCAGGAUCUUUCACUAAAAGCAAAGUGGACUUCUGCUUUGAAUUGACGUUACAAUUUCAACUCAACUGCUAGUUCCUUAAAGAAAAUUGAAAGCUACCACAGUAAUAAUAUUAAGUCCAUUAUAGUGCAUUGUAAUCCAUAAUCGUAUGCAGUAAUUUUCAAUAGUACUACAAAUUACACUGCCUUAAAAGUUUACCGUAUCCAAAAUAAAGCAUUUUAUUGUAUUAUAAUAUUUAAAGGUGUAGUAUGGACAACGAUAUUAAAACCCAUGCUACUAAAACCACACCAUUUUUGACAAUCAUGUUAGUCUGUUGUUAUGGAGGCACCCAUGCCCUCAUAAUAAACACAUUAACAUUCUUGAUAAAGUACUUUCAGAGAAUGUUCUGUUUUUGUAGGUUGUCAUAUUUGUACUUGUACAAAAACAUUUAUCUUUUUUUUAAUCAUUUUCCUGCAAUUAAGCUGGGUUUUUACUCAUAAUUUAUGAACUGCUGCUGUCAUUCUAACUCUGCGGCAAAUGCAGAGUCUAUAAAUAUUAUAUUGAAAAACAACUUAUAUGCAUAAUCCUACAUAUAUACACCGGUAUUCAUUAUAUUAUAUAAGUAUACGUUCUGUUUCAAAUAUCAGUAUUUAUUUGCUUGAACAUAUGUUAUAUCCAGCUUGAAGAAAAAUAAUGAUGGUCAUUGGAUGCAAUUAGCAAAGAAACUUGAUCUAUGACAUGAAUGGAGGCCAUUGACCUGGAGACCUGAUUGCUUUUCCUCAGUAGAAGUGAGACGGUCUCUGGGUUUAGAAUUGCCAACCACAUAAAUCUGGGUUUUCUCAACAUGUAAAAGUAGGUCCUGUUAUAUAUGUUGCAUUGUGUUCAUUAUUGGUGUAUAUUAAAUGGCAGGAAAAUGUAAUGAAACCCUUGCCCUCAUUAAAACAUAUCCAAUAAGGACCCCCUCCCUUCAGAAACCAGCUUUCACAGUUCUACAAUAUAAUACCUUUUCACUUUUGAUUACAUUUUGUAGGGGCUGUUAUUGGUUGCAAUGACAAUUUGAUGGUGGAAAUGGGUUAGGCCAAAACAGGAGUGUGGAUUUUUAAUUCCAGUUGACCCUUGGGUAUGAGAUACUUGGAUAGACCCCAAAUCCCAAAGGAAAGAACCUGCAUUUCCAUACUCAGUUUCACACUGAACAUAUAUAUAAUUUAGAUAGCCUUUAGGUGUACCCACAUCUUUACGGCUUGGAGCAUCCCACAAAGUCACCAAUCAAAUGACCAAUGAAGUGGAUCAGGAAACUGGAUGAACGCCCUCUCAGGACGUCAAAAUGGACACUUGGCAAACCUGAAAAAGACACCUUGGACACGAUUAUCAUAAAUCUUUCAAUAUGGUGUCACUUUUCAAGGGAUUCCCUACCAUAUUGCAAGGCUUUUGCACCCAACCUUGAGACUUGUGUCGGACGUUGACGCACUUUGCUUAUCCCUUGUACAAAGAAUAUGAUAUAUAUACACACACAUAUAUCUUUCUCUUUUGACUUUUUGUUGCCAGUAUUGAGAACGAUCCCGGAAUCUUGUAUGAAAGUCACUGACUAAACUCUCCUGGAUAUGGAUGCAUUACAGUAUAUUCACAAUGGCAGAAAGGACUGGUUUGGCUUGUUGCAUGACAUACUGAAUAGGGACUUGUGCAGCAGGUUUCUCUUUUGACAUUUCAAGGAGAAUUGUGGUAUUUAUUAUUUGUGCUUUUUUUAUAUGUUACUCGUAAGAAUGAUAGGGGCUAACAUCUUUUUUUUCUACCCCAUAAGCAAUACAAAUAGUGCAUUUACUUCAUGGUUACUGUAAUUUCUGGAUUAGGAAUUUCAGAGAGAACAUUCCUUCUCCUAUAACCCCCAAAAUUGUUUUUACUGAAAGUAUAGCAGCUGUGGGUCACCUAUAACACAAAUGCAGGUCUUAAUUUAUUGACUCAAAUGCAGUUGGGUCCGAAUUAUUAUUAUUAUUUUCAUGAAAGCCAGUAAGAUUAUUUUAUUGUUCUAUGUCAGUGAUAUACAGAGUUGCAUUUUGUUAGUAUUGAUUUUCUCUAAACAUUUUCUUAUUAUUCACUGUUUGAAAAUACUAAUUUAAUAUUAACAUCACACAUGCAUCUUGACACUUCUUAAAGGAGAAACAAUCAUAGCCAGCCAUGGUUAAAUGACAGAAUUAUAAAACAUACAGUUAACUUUUAAAUGAUGUUGAUAUAAGUACAGGCUGAAGAGCUAUUUUGUAUACUGGUGUGGGACUGAAAUGAGAAUUGAGUGACACAUUGCCUUGUUGCAGGAGGCUGGUUUUAGUGUGUGCACAGGGACUGCAUUAUUAUGGUUCUUAGUGGGCAAAAUACAUGAAUGAUUGUAUGAGUUGAAAUAAAAUACACAUUUAGAUCUGCUGGCGUGGAAGUGAAACUUAGAGUGAGCCAGUGCGAAUGUCUGGGAAGGUUGAUAAGUUUUUGAAAGGUUGUGCAUAUUUAAAGUGGUUUCAAAGUCAGGGGAAUUCUGUUUGUGAGGAUCCCUAGAUUUGCUUAUGAAACAUGCAAGCUUGCAGCUGUGGGAUUGUUUCUGAGGUUUGUUACUGGUUGUGAAAGCAGGGCUUGAUGAGAUAGUAAGAACGUGUAUAGUAUUUAUUAUAUAUAACUCCGGAACUUUAUGAAAAACAAAAUGUGGAAGUACUGAUAAUGCUAUAUGCAGUAUUUUUUGAAAGGGAGACUCCAGGUUCUCUGGUGAUAAGUGACAAUAGUUUCAGUGUUGUUCAUUUCCAGGUUAUGUUUUAUUUGUUAUAUUGAGUGGCACAAGGCCUGACAUGACUGCAGUUCACACUACACAAUGUAAGGCCGUUUGUAAUGUGGUUUAAUAUAGUUUAUUAGUAUGUCUCUCUUACAAGGUUUUUAAUCAAGAAGCUAUUUGAAUGGGAACAGUGACUCCUAGGGUAAUGAAUGAUGAUGAAGGGAUAGACUCAUUUAGAACACUUAGGGGCUCUGCAGAGUAGCAUUCGGUCACAGCUGGGAAAUGCCUGAUUUUGCAAUGCAAUCUUGACAGAUAGUGGUACUCCCAAUCGGCUAACACCACAUGAUAAUGCUUUCUUUACAAGGUCAAGCCACUGUAUGACUGGUAGUUUAGCAUUGUAUUGUUUAACCAGCAAAUUAGUUCUGUUAUUGGUGCUUUGGAAUACACACUGAGACACACACACCGAUGUAUCACAAACAAAACACAUACACACCACAUGACUCAAUAUUAAAAAUAGCCUGUUGCUUCUAAUCCAGAAACUACAUGAAACUAUGUUGUAGAUGCCAGGAGUGAAAGGCUGGUAGUGUGCCAGUGCUGUUAAUGCCAUGCUAUACAGAUACUUACCAUUUCAGUACCUCAGGCAUGCUGUAGUUUCAUAUAUAUAUAUAUAUAUAUAUAUAUAUAUAUAUAUAUAUAUAUAUAUAUAUAUAUAUAUAAGAGCUACAGAGGAACAUCUACCAUGGAAUAAGAUAAUCUUUCUGUGUUAUGUGACUGCGUUUUGUGUAUGUAAUGUAAACACAGAAAAAACUUUGUGAAAUAAUAAUUAAAAUUCUGUUUUUUUUAAUGAAAGAUGGCACAAGUUUUCUGGUGAGGGAGGGGUGGGGCAAGGGCUUUAAGCACUAUAGCCUGUUUAGACUGGGAAAAACUGGGAGCUAACCAAUGAAGAGUAAAGGUUAGCUGUGGCAAAUCAUUCAGGCUUUAAAAUGCAUCAUGUUAAUAUGUUAACCACUUAUUGUAUGAUCAUAUUCUGCUUCUGUUUUAUAGAUAUUGUAAGGCUCACAAUUACACAAGUAUAUAAUUAUUUUCUCAUUAA